CGUCUUCUCUUUAACACCGACGUAGACACGGUCAUCAGUCUCUCGUUACCGCGCCGCCGCUUUCACCGUGUCAUCAUCACCUUGCUUGUGUGUCAAAGUCGUCGCUUUCUCGUCAAUUUGGAUUACGAUUCUAUUUGAAUGUCUUCGUGAUGUGUUCUUCUUGCGGAGAGACCAGUUUCAAAAAGGGUUGGCUAUAUGAUAUAUUCAAUUCUUGAGACGAUUUGCACUUAAAUAAAAUAAAAGGUUGUCACACUCUUCUUGAUGGCAAUUGCUUUUGUUCGUAGCCUUCAAAGAGCUUCUUCAGCUCUUAUUAGAUCCUCAUACCCACUUCUCAUUUCCUCCAGGUCUCUCCAGCAAAGCCAAGAACUUGCUUAUUCAACAUCCACAUUCUUGCUACCACCGACCAUCUCAAGGUUUUCAAGGCCGACAUGUAGAAGAAACUUCAGUCACGGGACGGUGAACCUAGUGAUAUCAGAAGGGAAACCCAAGUUCGAAACUAGGGAGCUUGAUCCUCCCAAGAAAUGGAAGUGGUUGACUAAAAAGAGACUGAAGCUAAAAAGAAAGAAAGAAAGAGAGGAAAGAAACGCAGCUAACAGGAAAGACCCACGACGACUUACCGUCAAGGGGAAGAAGAAGUUUGCUAAUCCAGCGGAAAGAAUCAAGAACAAGCUUGAAAGAGCCAAGAUCAAAGAAGCAUCGUUGAUUGAGAAACUGAAACGUUACGAAGUUGCUAAAGUGCAGGGACCUGAGGUUCAACCACACGAGAUCACAGGAGAAGAACGUUUUUACCUGAAGAAGAUGGGUCAGAAAAGAUCUAACUAUGUUCCCAUUGGGAGAAGAGGAGUGUUUGGUGGUGUGAUUCUAAACAUGCAUAUGCAUUGGAAGAAGCAUGAAACCGUUAAGGUUAUCUGCAAUAAUGUUAAGCCAGGACAAUUGCAACAGUACGCAGAGGAGCUUGCUAAACUGAGUGGUGGUGUGCCUGUUAACAUAAUUGGUGAUGAUACAAUCGUAUUUUAUAGAGGGAAAGGUUAUGUUCAGCCAAAAGUUAUGUCUCCUAUCGAUACAUUGUCAAAGAAGAGGGCAUAUGAAAAAUCAAAGUACGAACAGUCUCUUGAGUCAGUGAGACACUUCAUAGCAAUUGCAGAGAAGGAGCUUGAACUAUACUACAGGCAUGUUGCUCUUUACGAUGACCCGAGUAACAGAAAUCCUCUUCAGAUAUUGGAUGAUUCUCCAUCUGAAUCAUGUGAUCACCAUAGGAGUAAGCUUUAUAUGAGCUGUUCAGAAACUGAAGCCGAGUCUGAAGAUGAAGAGCUCUGUCAAUUAGAUAAUGGUUCUUCUUCCUCUUCGAAUGAAGAGUUUUGGGAAACUGAAAAGUAGUUUGGACUUCUAUAAACUUUGGUUUAUCGGUCUUGUCAUAAAUAUAAAAAGGCAAAAUGAAAUUUGGUCUUGCUAAAUUGAAGCAGUUCUGUUUAUGUACAAACUUUUAAAAUGGUUAAGGAGAGUUGAUCUUCUUCUAUAGCUUAUAACUCAAAAUUUAUUUUCCAUCUUUUUGUAACGAUAUCAUUUACCAGCAUCUAACAUUUCCAAUAGAAAUAGUGUGGAUGAAAAUCA